AUGAGUAAUCAUCAUCAUUCAAUAACAACAAGAAAUUCAACAACAACAACAAUAAAUGAUUUUAAUGAAACAAUAAAAAAAACUCCAUCACCUCGUCGUCAAAUGACACGUUCAACAUCUAAUUUAAAUAAAGAUAUAUCAUCCUCUAUAAGUAAUAAUAAUAAUAAUAAUAAUGAACAAUGUAUACAAGUUAUUAAACCGGUUGCUGUACGUCCACCAUCAUCAGAUUCAACACAAAAUCCAUAUAAUUUAAGAUCACGUACUAAAUUAAAAAAUGCAACAAACAAUAAUAAUAAUAUUGAAGUAAUACCAUCAUUUACAGAAAAACUUUCAUUAGAAACACCAAUUAUACAACAAAAACCGGUGCCACCAUUAACUCGUGCUGCAGCUGCAUCAGCCGGUGUUAAAAUUGAUUCAUUUAUAUCUGAUGAAUCAAUUAAAAGUAAUAAUAAAUUAACAACAACUAUUUCAACUCGUUCGAGUACCACUCGAAAACGUAAAGCAAGUGAAGAUGAUCAUCGACCAUAUUUAGAUUUACUUAAAAUGAAACAGAUGACAAGACGUACUGAUCAAGAUUGUAUUGGAGUUGAUGAUGAAGAUAGCGGAUGUGAUUAUGAUUCUCCAGCUCAUUCUCCAGUUGACUUCACUGAUGUUCCUCCCGGUCAUGUAUUUAACUAUGAAGAAUCAAAUAUGUCAUAUGAUUCAGGAUUUAGUACAGGCUCUGGUGAACCACAUAAACAACAAUAUUCAUCUCAAUGUCAAACAUUAUCAUCAGGAUCUAAUAGUGGUAUAACGACCCGAAGUAGUACAUUAAAUUCUAAUAAAUAUCCUGCAGCUACUGAUCUUGAUGUUAAUGCCAUUGAAGGAGACCUCGGUUUCUAG